CCACUCCUCUUCUCCUCUCCGUCUCGCAGAGGAAAGGAUCCAACACAUUCGAGGACUUGCUAAGAUGCCCGACGCCAGAACGAGAAUAUUCCAAUUCGGAGCGACCAUUCAUUGCCAUCGUCGUCAAACCCCUGCUGCUACUCACUCCAUGAAGUAAUUUAUUUCUCGGUUACUGUAAGAGCGAAUUGGCCACGAUGAAAGCUGGGAUUAGAUGAAGAGCUUCGGCCCUCGUGCGCUGCAAUCUAUUCGUCCGUAGGAUCCUGUGUUAGAAACCUAAAGGGGAAGCAGGUCGAGCAGGUUGAGGUCGAGAUCGUCGAGAGGCGUGGAGUGUGAGCUGGGCGAACGGAGUUUGGUGGCGUAGGAGUAGAAUUUCAGCCAACAGGAGUUGGAGGGAAAGGAGAGGGAGGACGAAGGGGAGCGAGGAUGGUGGACGGGCAGAGAGGCCCCAACGUGCUCGUCACUGGGACUCCAGGAACCGGCAAAACCUCGACGUGUGCGCUCUUGGCAUCGGCGACGCGCCUGAACCACAUCAAUAUUGGAGAGCUGGUGCAGGGAUUGGAGCUGCAUGAUGGCUGGGAUGAUCAGCUGCAGUGUCUCGUCAUCAACGAGGAUUUGGUGAUUGAUCACCUGGAGGAGAAAAUGAGCGCAGGCGGCAAUGUCGUCGACUACCAUGGCUGUGACUUCUUUCCCGAGCGUUGGUUUGAUGUCGUUGUCGUCCUGCAGACAAAAACUGCAGUCUUGUACGACCGCCUCUCUAACAGAGGAUACAUGGAUCAGAAAUUACAGAACAACAUCGAGUGCGAGAUAUUCCAAGUUCUUUUGGAAGAAGCGCGAGAAAGUUACAACAAGGACAUAAUUUUGGCUCUUCCAAGCGAUACUAUCGAAGACAUGAGCAACAAUGUGGGCUUGCUGAAGGAGUGGCUGCGGACUAACGCCCCUUCUUAUCUGAUUGAUUAAUCAGAAUUUCUCUUAAGCCAUUUUGAACCUGUGUUUUGUCGACAGAGGAACCUUAGAUUGACAGAUCAAAACGAGUAAGACUAGUACAGAUUAGAAUAGAUGACACUGGAAUUAGACGGAUGUGUAUAGACGUUCAAUUGUCUGGACCUCAAAUGGCUUUUAGCCUGAGCGUUUUGUGUUUUUUAUGAGCCUUACAUGGCUCCGAAGAGUACUCAAGUAUUACAAUCAGAUUCCACACAGCCAGGAGUAAUACUUGAGAAAGACCGAUCUGACAGAGAAGUACGACGUUCUUGAAUUUGAAUAUUGCUGAAUGGGUGCCACCAGUUACUACUCAAUGUUUUCGUAGUUACUUGGAUCACCCUCUUAUAACACAAGCCGAAGACAGACGUAAAACAGUAGGAUAAUAUGAGCCAUGAGUGAGGUUUUAUGGCAGCCGAGUAACCUUGUUGCUUGAUCUAUAGCAAAGUUCAAUACAUUAUGUUAAAGAAGCGCUUCUAAUGAUCUCACAUGUAACAAUUUUCUUUCCCAUUAAUGUGGAAAUUU